AUGGCUGGAAAGAAAUCUUCUCCUGCCAAGUUGGCUCAGGAUAAGAAGGCCAAGAGCGCACCAUCUGUUCCUCCCCAGCUGAUCGCCUCUAUUGAAGCUUUUCUUACCGGGUCUGGCUUCACCAGUACCAGUAAAGCCUUUUCGAAAGAACAAGCCAGCAAAUCCGUUAGCAAGUCGCCGUCCGACACCAAGAAUGCGCCAUCUUUGCUCGAAAUUUUCCAGAACUGGGAAGAUAACGGAAAGGCUACCAAGGAAUCUUCCGAUUCUAGCUCAUCAGAGGCCUCCAGCAGUUCCAGCAGCAGCGAAGAAAGUUCAAGCAGUUCAGAUGAGUCGAGCGACUCUGACGUUGAGAUGAACGAUGCGCCGAAAGCACAGUCGAAGAAGCAAUCUAGGAGCUCCUCUUCCUCUUCCUCUUCCUCCUCUUCCUCUUCGUCUUCGUCUUCCUCUUCUGCCUCCGAUAGCGAUGCUGAUGAUGAGAGUGAGGAGGAGGCGGCAGCCCCUGCUCCUGCCAAGCCUCAGGGUACUAAGCGGAAGGCCGAGUCUGAUUCCUCGUCUUCCGAGUCUGAGUCCGAGUCAGACAAAGCCCCUCAGAAUAAGAAGACAAAGGUCGCCGCAAAGGAAGAGAGUUCGUCCUCGGACUCUUCAUCAUCGUCCUCAGCCAGCGACAGCAGCGACUCGUCAUCUGAUUCUGACUCUGACUCUGAUUCUUCCUCUUCCUCGGACUCGGACAAGGAAGACGGAAAGGGCAACAAGACUACUUCAUCCUCUCAGAGUUCCUCCGGCAGUGAAACAGUUCAAAACUCCGACUCGGGUGCUCAGAAAUCUACUAACAUUUCGACACCCGUGACCGGUUCGUCUAGUGCUAGCCCAGCCCCCGGAAAUGGCUCGGUCAAGAAGCACACUGGCGCCCGCCCUACUCCUCUGGCUCUUCUCAGUGAACAGCCUACUGACCACCUGCUUUCCAACGACUACGUCCCCUAUGCGUAUGCUGACAGAGCCUUCAAGGAUCUCUCGGUCACUCGUGGCAAGGGCUUCACGAAAGAGAAGAACAAGAAGAAGCGUGGUUCUUACCGUGGUGGUCCCAUCGAUAUCUCCGGAGGCAAGUCGUUUAGGUUCGAGGAUUAA